CAUACCCAGCCGCCACUUCAUCACAAACCACCGUCGUGUACGCACGGUCAAUAAAUAUUGCGCGUUUAAACGUUCAUUUGAAGUUUUUGGUGUGUCGUAAGCAUGAGUGGAAACUUCCUUACAAUCCCUGGUGAUGAUCCCAUUAAGAGAAGAUCGAGGAGUUCGUCUCUAACAGAUUUAAUAUCUUCUUUCGACACAAAAGCGCAGGCGCACAGCGAACUGCAGAAAGUCACGGCGUUCAGUGGUCACUUCGACAAGAAUCAUAAGCCGACAUUCUCAAAAGACGAAUAUGGCAAACCGAUACCUGGUUCGAAAACGGAGUACAGAGGAGCGGAAGCUCAAGCCAGAGUAUGUACAGAGAUGAAGGAACUCUGUGAAAUCAUCAAUGAGUACGGCAAAACUCCUUGCAAGAGUCUCCUACCUCCAGAACUGCAGAGUGCUACCAAAGUCAUUUCAUUCGGUGAACUUUUUACGAUAUACACAGUAAUUUCAGACAAGCUUGUUGGAAUAUUGCUUCGGACGAGAAAGCAUCAACUGACAUUCUUCGAAGGCGAAGUUUUAUUCCAGAAACGCGAUGACGACGUGCCAGUGUUUCUAAUGCAGCCCAUGGCAGAUAUAAGAACAUACUGCGACAAUAAAGCGCUACAAGCUAGACGAUCCGUAUCACCAAUGCCUAAUUAGAAAGCGAAACCAUAGCUAAAAAAUAUUUCCCAUCUCGACUGUUUGAAGACUACAGGUGGUUUAAAAAGUAUGCAAUUUAUUAUUAAAUCUAGAUUAGUUAGAAAAGAAGGGACCCCGCGUAGCAGUGUAUUCUUUUUUAAUGUCUAUUAACGCUUAAUUCGAUAGGCAAAUCUGAACUAGUUUUGAGAAAUAUACGUGAGAUUUUGAUAAUACGAGAGAGUGUGCAGGUAACAUAUAAUUUAUUUCCACAAAAACUCCUUCGAAUUAAGGGUUAAAGGAUAGCUAUAGAUGUAAUGUUAGAAAUGCAAAUAUGCAAGUAACUGGUUAAGUAUCCUUCCUACGCGUAUGGUGUAGACUCUGUAGACAUGUAACGCAAUGAAUACAAUGAUCUCUAUGUAUGGAUAGGUAACUUUCAAUAAUAGAAUUUGCUUCUAACACAAAAUGUUCUAUCUCUUAUAUUAUGAAUUUUCGUCAAUAUUUACCGCAAUUAGAAAAUUCUACAGCUAUCCUGUCCAUGUUUAGAGGUCAUUGAAUUCAAUUUAUAUUAAAGGAAUUGUCGGUUAACAAAUUUAAGUACACCAAUUGCAUGAAAAACUAAUCUUUACUAAGAAUAUUAUCGUAAUUUGAAUAAUUUCAACAGAUUAAUGUAUGCAAUUAAGACAUAAGCAAUUUUAAUGUAAUAUGUAUAUGUCUUGUCAAAUAUUUUGGCGGCAAUAGGUCAACUGCGCGCAGUGCGUAUUAUCUGCAUAUUACGCCCGCUGCAGCUAAAAUUGUUCUGUGUAGCGACUCGUACGAUGUUUCUAGCCUUCAAGAUAUUUGUCAACUAGAGUACUUAUAAACAUUUAAUUCAAAUAGGAAUAUAAGUGACAUUCAAAACUUGAUAUACGAAAUCAAAAUAACUGGUAUCGUAUUUCUCAUACUAAUGUUGAUCAUUGUAUAGUUUGUUAAAUAAACAACAAAUUAAAUUUACGUAAAAACUAUUUUAAGUAUUCAUAAGUGAUUGACAUCACUCUAGUCAUGUUUUAGUAUUCUAGACUUUAAGUAUGCCUGUUAGUUUAACGAGUAAAUGUAAGUGUGGAUUUUUUAUAUAAAUAAAUGUCACUU